AUGAAUGAACGAUCAGGUGAACAAGGUGAUUUUCUUGCUGAAGCCCAAUUAGCAAUAAAUGAUGUUGGUGAUGGAAUUGUUGCUGAAAAAAACUUAUCAAAACGUCUUAAUAACCCUGAUGAUAUGUCAACAGGUUAUAUUAAUAUAAAAUCAAAUUCAAAUAAAGAAUAUUGUAUUGAAUUAUCUCUAAAAGGUUAUCGUAUUGUUGGUUAUCAUUUUGAUGAUAAUAAUCAACCAUCAAAUAUUUAUUAUGAAUCAUUACAAGCACUUUUAACUAAUGAAUCAAAAUCUUAUGUUAAUAGUUUUGCUGAAAGUCUACAACAAAAACUUUUUGCAACAAAACAUCAAUUAGAACAGGAUCAAGAUAAUGAUGAUGAUGAUGAUGAUGAUAAAGAUCACAAUUCUAAUAGUGAUAAACAAAAUAAAGAAUAA